UCGAUUAAUUUUCGUUUGUAGCAAGCAAUGGAGAGAAAAAGCAACGUCAAUCCUUUUCAAAAUCAUGACAUCCGCAUUGCAACCCCUCAAGGCCAAACUCCUACCAGGGUCCGUCGCUCUCAUUUUCCCAAAGAUUUUAUCUUUGGUGCGGGAACAUCAGCUUAUCAGAUCGAAGGUGCCUGGAAUGAAGAUGGUAAAGGAGAGAGUAAUUGGGAUCGUUUCACAUCGGAUAAUCCUGGCAAAAUUCAAGGUUGUAGCGAUGGGCGUUUGGCUAUUGACCACUACCAUCAGUGGAAGAAAGACGUGACUUUGAUAAAGAAAAUAGGUUUGGAUUCUUACAGAUUUUCGAUUGCAUGGACGAGAAUAUUGCCAGGAGGAAGAUUAAGUGCUGGAGUAAGCAGAGAAGGAAUUAAUUACUAUAAUGAUCUCAUAAAUUUACUCUUGAUCGAAGACAUUACACCUUGUGUAACCAUCUUUCACUGGGAUGUUCCCCAGUGUUUGGAAGACGAGUAUGGUGGCUUCUUAAGCCCUCAAAUUGUGGAAGAUUUUGCUGAUUUUGCUGAGAUUUGCUUCUGGGAAUUUGGUGAUAGAGUGAAACUAUGGAUCACAUUGAAUGAGCCAUGGAGCUUUUCUGUUUCUGGAUAUGCGUUAGGUAAUUUUGCACCUGGUCGGGGUCCAACAAAAGAUGACCCUGUAACAGAAAUUGUCCAUCGUCAUAGAUGCAAUGUUGACGGUCCAAUUGUUUGCAACGAUGGAGAUCCAGGCACAGAACCAUAUAUUGUUGGCCAUCAUUUGAUCCUUUCUCAUGCAGCAGCAGUUGACAUAUACAAGAAAAACUUUCAGAAAAUUCAAGGAGGCAAGAUAGGAAUCACAAAUGUCACAGCAUGGUAUGAGCCACUCAAUAACACAACAGUUGAUAAAGAGGCUGCUUCAAGGGCAGUUGAUUUUGCGUUGGGAUGGUAUGUUGCUCUGCCCAGUUUAUUUACAAUGAUUGGCCAAUUCUUAUUUAUGAGAAUUCAGAGAAAUAUACGUGGCAAUUACGUCUUCAAGAAAUCAGAGUACUUAGAGCUCAUUCGGCUGGACUUCUAA